AGUCCGUUAAUCUAGUCGUUUAUGGGGUAUUCCUCCAAUUACCGCUAGCAAAUGGACCGACUUCCCUCUAAACUGCCCUUCUCGAAGCGGCGUCUACGACCGAGGGUUAUUAUUUCAUACAUCCUCGACUAUGUGAUCCUCGUUGCCUGCAUCGCCGGUUUCUAUAUUCUCGAUUCAAUCGAACCGUACCAUCAACGUUUCUCGCUGCAGAACAUUUCGCUCCAGUAUCCCUAUGCCGAUCCUGAACGAGUUUCGAUCCCGAUGGCCCUACUUAUCUCGGGCGUCGCACCCUUGGUCAUAAUCGCUGUCUACACACUUCUUGUGGAUGGGUUGUUUUCGCAUAACAAGCCGCAGGAUCCCGUGACCGGUAAACGGAAAUUGUCGGGCCCAUACCGCUUGAAGGAUCGGUUGUGGGAGUUCAACUGCGGCUUCCUGGGUUUGUUGCUUUCGCAGGGUCUGGCGUUUUUGAUUACCCAGGCCUUGAAGAAUGCGUGCGGGAAACCCCGGCCGGAUAUCAUCGAUCGGUGUCAGCCUCGGGCAGGGAGUGCGGAUGCAGCGAUGUACGGCUUGUCGAAUUCUUCGAUCUGUACCGGCGACCCGGCAAUUAUCAAGGACGGUUUUCGUUCGUGGCCGUCAGGCCAUAGCAGCUCCUCGUUUGCCGGUCUGUUCUACUUGGCGCUCUGGCUGGCAGGAAAGCUGCAUUUCAUGGAUAACCGAGGUGAAGUCUGGAAGGCGCUCAUCGUCAUCAUCCCCUGUCUUGCCGCCACGUUGAUUGCCGUGUCUCGAAUUAUGGACGCGCGACACCAUCCGUUCGAUGUAAUCACGGGAUCGCUUCUGGGCGUUGUCUGUGCCUACAUCUCGUACCAUCAAUAUUUCCCGCCGCUUAGCCAGCCCUGGAAAAAGGGACGAGCGUUCCCCAUUCGCACGUGGGGAGCUGAGCCGGCCUCUCCAAACGACCCCGGCCGAUAUGGCGUCGGCAGCGAGAGCACCGCGGCGUUGCGAAACCCGGAGGAGGAGAGACUCGAUCCGCCGCCUCCGCUACCUGGAACUCGAGGGCCCGCCGACCACCGACUCUCGCGAAACCAGACGUAUACCUCUGCGACCGGUAAUCCUUACGCCACGGAGGCCUACGGGCGCCGACCGCACGACGACGACGGGAAUUGGUCCUCGUCUAGCGAGGAUGUUGCGGAUGGGUACGAGAUGCAGCAUGGCUACGCCCAGGCCCAAAACCCGGCAUUCAACGCACCGCGAUACUACGAGGAAACGGCCUAUCCCUCCCAGACAGCUCCCGACGCUGGAUUCCGCGCACCGCCGGCCGUAAUGACAUCGCGCACCGGUCCCGGGCGCGAAUUGACCGACGUGCCUCCUCGCGAAGUGUAAUACGGGCGCAUUGCAAUCAAUUUUCGGUUAUGUUCAUUGUUUUAUUGUAGGUGUUGGGAUGACAUCUGUGGCAUUUAUGUUUUGUUUCAUAGACCGCUCUAGCGAAAUGCGUAGGCAUGUCCUGCCAAGUUGCCAGGGCCACGACUGUGACGAUCAUAUUGGAAUUGGGAAAGCGAAGACCAUUAAUGAUGUAUUUGGAUGAGACAUACUGGAACUUUUGGGCCGCAACAGUGGAUAUUUUCUGGACAAGUGGAUCUGGCACGGGACAGACAGUCCUGCGAUCUUGUACGACUAGAGAUUGUUUAUUUUGUUUUGGUUACUGCGUGAAGGCAUUGACUUCCUCGAUCCGUGGCUCUAGACUCCCGACCGACUCGGGAGUGACGCCCCACCCGGCUAAACACCACGGUCUACGAAGUAUACUCUACGCGGUAGUACUCCAGAGCAAUCCUCGAGGAUGACCGGCCUGCAACCGAGGAAAAGGUCAUCUGUU